CGGACCCGUGCACUGUAGAAGCCAUGCCCACGAGCGUACGUGCGUGCGUGCCCAAGCUGCGUGCGUGUACGGGUACGAUGGUGCAGGCAUGCCCGAGCGAGAACGUGCAGCCAGCCCAAGCCACCGCGUCGAUGGCCACUGCUAUAUAUAUGCAGCACGCGGUCGCACAGGCAGGCAGACAAGCACACAGCUAGGUAGUCCCCCAUCAGCUAGAGCUCAGCUUCCGCGUGCCUGCACUGCACAUACGCACGCACAGCUCCAGACACAGCUACGACUCGACCACAAGCCAGCCAUGCCGGCCUUCGCGGGGGGCGCAGCGGAGCCGCCGCUGGCAGACAGCUACUACGCGCUCCUCCGCCGCGGCAAUGACGAUGAAGGCGCCUACACGACGUCGACAGCGCCAUGGGACGACGUCUCACUGCCCGUGGCGGAGUGCGAGCUCCCGAUGAUCGACGUCGGGUGCCUGACGACCGCCGACGACGGCAGCUCCCCGGAGGCGGAGGCGGAGCGGGCGGCGUGCGCGGCCGCCAUCGCGCGCGCCGCCGAGGAGUGGGGCUUCUUCCAGGUGCGCAACCACGGCGUGCCGCAGGAGCUCCUGGAGGAGAUGCGCCGGGAGCAGGCGCGCCUGUUCCGCCUGCCGUUCGAGACCAAGGCCACGGCCGGCCUGCUCAACGACUCCUACCGCUGGGGCACCCCGACCGCGACGUCUCCGCGCCAGCUGUCCUGGUCCGAGGCCUUCCACGUCCCGCUCGCCGGCGUCUCCGGCUCCGGCACCACCUGCGACUUCGGCGACCUCACCACCCUCAGCAGGGAUGUGACUCGGGAGGUGGCGGGCGCGAUGUCAAAGCUGGCCGGCACGCUGGCGCGCGUCCUGGCGGAGGCCCUCCUGGGUCGGCGGCCCGCCGGCGAGCGCUUCCCGGAGGGGUGCGACGAGACGACGUGCUUCCUGCGGCUGAACCGGUACCCGGCGUGCCCCAUCUCCCCAGGCGCCUUGGGCCUGGUCCCGCACACGGACAGCGACUUCCUCACCGUGCUCUGCCAGGACCAGCAGGUCGGCGGCCUGCAGCUCAUGAAGGGGGACAGUUGGGUGGCCGUCAAGCCAAUCCCCGGCACCCUCGUCGUCAACAUCGGGGACCUCUUCCAGGCGUGGAGCAACAACAGAUACAAGAGCGUGGAGCACAAGGUGAUGACGAACGCCAGGACGGAGCGCUACUCCGUCGCCUACUUUCUCUGCCCGUCCUACGACUCGCCGAUCGGCACGUGCGAGGAGCCUUCUCUCUACAGGACGUUCACCUUCGGGGAGUACAGGAGAAAGGUGCAGGAAGACGUCAAGAGGACCGGGAAGAAGGUCGGCCUCCCUAAUUUUCUCGCGCAAACAUAAUUAUGAUAUCCAGUUUUUGGACCGUGCAUGCCAACGCGCAUGUGUACGUUCCUAGCUUUAAUUUCUCUGUAUACACAAUGGAGAGGAGAGUGCAGUGUGAUGUUGGUAUAGACGUUAUUAAUAAAUACUAAUUUGUAGCUUAAUUUGAUGUAGCUACCACCAUACAAGAAUGUAGCAGGAUCGAGCGGUUGUGUGUGUGCGUGUGAUCGUUGCCGAUGAUAAGGAGCUGAUCGUUUUUUUUUGUGUGUGUGUGUGUGUGUUUUUUAAAAAAAUUCUCAGUGAUGAAUUGUUUUUUCUGUAUAAGAAUGAGUUUGCAUGUACCGAUGUACGCUGGUGGAGAUUUUAUAGAUAUUGUUCAUGGCUA